CGCGGCCGAGAGUGAUGAGAGGCAGCGAGGCGGGAGAGCGAGACCGUGACUGGGCUGGGGCUGGCAGCGGCCGCAUCAUCGCGGAGCGACGCGAGCAGAGAGGCCGCCGCGGGAGAUUGAAGUGCCUGCGCCGCCGUUGGGGCCGCUGUGAGGCGAGGAGGGGGCGGCGCCGCCGCUGCUGCUGCCGCCGCCACCGCAGCUGUUGCGCGGGGGGCGGAGGAGGAGAAAAAGAGGAGGGAGCCGCCCGUCCUUCCGUCGGCCGGCUGCGCGCCCGGGCCGGGACUCGCCGCCCUGAGCGGGGAGAAGCGGGACGGCGAUCCCGUCGGAGCGGUGCCCGGGGGCUGCUGCCCGGCCCUCCGGAGGAGCGUAGAAGCCGCGGGGUUUAUGGAGCUGGAAGUCCAGGCUGCGAAGUAAAACUUGCCUCUUUCUCCUCGCGAUUCCCACAUGCAAGUUGAUAACGUGAGACCAGCUGCUUUUCUUAUCGCUGCUGCUACCUCGAGUGCCGGGGGCCAGUGCUCUCCCCCCGCUGCCGCUGCUGUUUCCUUUACCCGGCCGCGGAGCUGCUCGGUGGGUUUCCCUUGCCAUGUGGGGCUAGGAGGGGUGCAGCCAUUCUCCACAGGGUGAAGCGGUAAACAUGGAGGCGGUGUGCAGAACCGACAGCGGGGAGCAGAGCCAUCAAGGCGGCGGCGCGGACACCCCCGGGGACACUUCUAUGGACUGCUACCUGCGAUCUCAGGGCUUGUACAGAAAGAGAGUUGCCAAGGAUGGAUCUUGUCUUUUCAGGGCUGUGGCCGAGCAGGUGUUACACUCUCAGUCUCGGCAUAUUGAAGUUAGGAUGGCUUGUGUAGACUAUCUUCGGAAAAAUAGGGAGAAAUUUGAAGCAUUCAUAGAGGGGCCAUUUGAAGACUAUUUAAAAUGUUUGGAAAAUCCACAGGAAUGGGUUGGACAAGUAGAAAUAAGUGCCCUUUCUCUUAUGUACAAGAAAGAUUUCAUAAUAUACCAGGAACCAAAUGCUUCUCCUUCACAUGUAACUGAAAACGACUUUUCUGAUAAGGUAUUGCUGUGCUUCUCAAAUGGAAACCACUAUGAUAUUGUUUAUCCCAUAGAGUAUUCAGAAAAGGCUGCUCUAUGCCAGUCUCUACUGUAUGAGCUUCUUUAUGAGAAGGUAUUUGGUACAGAUGUAAAGAAAAUUAUAGAGGAACUUAGUGCUGGUGGUGUGACAGAGGAAAGUAACGGUAGCAGUGAAGUAUCUGCUUCAGAUUCAGAAGAUGACAGCUACAGGAGUAAAGCUACAGCAGUUAGUGAUACGAAUGGAUUGAAAUCUCUUUCUGAGAACGAGCACCUUAAGAGCAAUGGGAAUCCUGCCUCGUUGGUCUUACCUAAAGAAGUUCUUAAAGCACUCAAUCCAUCAGUUUACAGAAAUGUUGAAUACGAUGUUUGGCUCCAAUCCAAAUGGGAUCAGCAAAAACAAGAUUUUUCUAUUGCUGCUGGCAUGCAAUACUCAGUUGGAGAUAAAUGUAAAGUGCGCUUAGAACAUAAUGGGAAGUAUUAUAAUGCCCAUAUUCAAGAAGUUUGUUCAGAGAAUGGGCCAGUUGUUGUAUUUGUAGAAGAGCUAGGAGCAAAGCAUGCUGUCUCACUGAAGAGCCUUAAACCUCUUCCACAGACCUCUCCUAUGGAGGGCUGGAACACUGUGCCAGGGAAGAAGAUAAAAAAGUUUUUCCCAACAUGGGGGCAGAAUGCUCAGCCCGAUGCAGAUUGCAGAGGGCCAAAGAAUCAGAGCAAGUCAGUAAAACCCCAGUCAGCACUACCUCCUCGACUUCAGCAUACUGUGGGAACCAGGCAGCAUCAGUUCUUAUGUUCUGGACCCCAACCUCAUCAGACCUCAGCUGAACAAAAAGCUUCAGGCAGGAAUCCUUCCCAAACUGUAAGAAAACCAGACAGGGAAAGAACUGAGGAUCCGAACCACGGCAGCAGAGAUUGUAACUACUUUGGACUGUCUCCAGAGGAGCGCAGGGAGAAACAGGCUAUAGAAGAAUCCCGUUCACUCUAUGAGAUUCAGCAAAGGGAUGAACAAGCUUUUCCUGCUCUUUCCAAUAAUCAGUCAGUCUGUCAGGCUGCUACACAGACUGUGGAUAACUUAAGCCAGAAGAAGUUCUCAAGUAAUGAGAGAAGAAACAACAAGUGGACAGUAGAGGUGGAAGAGCAGAAGGAUAAAGAGUCAAAUUCCAGGCAGAUCCACUUAAGUCAGAAGCUUGAGCCAAAUUCAUCUGAGAAGAAUAGUCAAGAUGAGAGUUGUCCAAAAGAUUCAUCUCCUUUGGAACAAGUAAAAACAGAUUCUCCAGUCCUUGCUGAGCAAGUAAGAAAUGUUUGUUUGAUUUCAAAGUUUUCCAGUCAGGAGACUUCAGACAAAGGGGAGCUGCAUCACAGCCAUAACCUGACAGAAUGCUUACUGAGCAUAACUCCAACACCCUCACCAGUCUUCUCUGAGGUGCAUUUACCUCCAGCAGUGCCUUCUGUACCAGCCAUUGUGCCAGCUUGGCCAAGUGAGCCAGCAACCUAUGGACCAGCAGGUAUUCCAGCCCAAAUACCUGCUUCUUCAUUGAUGCCAGCCCCAGCAACGGGACCUGACUCUAUUGUAUCACAGGCUCAGGUAACAUCUGCUCCAGUUGCUGGAGUUCCAGUGUCGCUCCAAGCAGUUAAUCAGCCUUUAAUGCCUUUGCCUCAGACUCUGUAUCCUUAUCAGGAUCCGCUAUACCCUGGAUUCCCUUUUAGUGAAAAGGGAGAAAGAGCUGUUGCACCCUCUUACUCCCUGUGCAGUACUGGGGAGGACUUGCCUAAAGAUAAGAAUAUUCUCAGAUUUUUCUUCAAUCUUGGUGUGAAGGCAUACAGUUGUCCCAUGUGGGCACCCCAUUCUUACUUGUACCCCCUGCACCAGGCCUAUUUAGCUGCUUGUAGAAUGUACCCGAAUGUGUCCCUUCCUGUGUACCCGCACAGCCCCUGGUUCCAGGAGGCACCGCCGGCUCAGAGUGAGAGUGAACCUGCACAAACAAACAGGCAUUUCCCUGUCCAGAGUGAGGCCCGAUCCAACGGCCAGGUCCAGCAGGUUGAUGGUAGGUCUGCAUCGCUGCCUCUCAUGAUCCCUACAGCUCAGGUGUCGGAAAGUCAAGGACAGGUCUGUGUGAAAUCGGAGAAUCCAGUGCAAGCUCUUCAUGCAAACUACGAGGAGUCCCUGAGAGGGAAAAAUGUGUUCCCACAGCCACACUUCGGACACAAUCACUUUCUAGGAGCUGUUCCAAUAGCACCUCCUUUCUUUCCUCAUUUUUGGUAUGGGUACCCAGUUCAGGGUUUCAUCGAAAAUUCAGUAGCGAGACCUAAUGUCGUCCUGUCACCUGAGGACAAGGAAGGAGCUGCUGGCACCUCUGCUGGCAUGUAUGUGGCUAAGGAAUGCAGCCCUCCAGUUCCUGGAGGAAACUCUGCAGAACAGCUUCAGAGGACUGACAGCAGCAGCGGGCCCAACACUGUGCCAUUCCCUGCGGCUGGUGCAAGAAGACUCCAGGAAGCACCAAAGGAAGCUCCAGCUAGGGCAUCUCAGCUGGAGCAGACUGGUCCUUUGGCUUCUCUGGCCAAGCAGAAAACAGCUGGGCAGCGAAAUCGUUCCCCACAAACACCAGGAACUGAGAGGCAGCCAGCAGUGCCCAGCACCCUGCCAGUCCCGGCAGAGCCGAAAAAUGAACCGAAACCCAGCAUUCCCAGUCGUAAGGAGAAGAAUGAUAAAGGCAGAGAGUCCAAGGGCCCUGGCAGUCAGCAGACAGAGAACAGGGUGCAGCGCACCAGGGAAGAGAGCUCCGAAGAUGAGAGUGAAGUUUCUGAUAUGCUGCGAAGUGGGAGAUCCAAGCAAUUCUACAGCCAGGCUUACGGAGGAGGCAGAAGGCCCAGGGUUGAAUGGAGUUACUCCAGCAGGGGAGGAUACCAGUUCCAAAGAAAUGAGGAAGCCUGGAAAGGGCCACCCGGCAGGGGCAGAGAUGAUGGCUACCAGUGUCAGCGGAACUUCAGAGGGAGGCCGUACCGCAACGACAGGAGAAGGGCAACGCAGGGAGAUAGUCAGAGGGGGCACCAGACAUAGAAUGAGUGGAUAAUUCAAAAUGUUAAAAUACAUAAAGAGGUUUGAAGUAGCAGUUAAAAAUCGUUGUAUUUCCUUUUAGUAAAGUUCAAGAUACGUUGUUUAACUUUUGGCGAGUGAAGACAAGGAGGAUGUGAACCCCUACCAUGUGUUUUUGGGGGGGAUUAUAGUUUGUUUGGCUUAGUAAUUUUUCCUAAAUGUCAAACCAGGAAAAAAUAGGUUUAGUGUUUGGUAAGCCUUUUUCCCCCUACAAACAAUAGGGUUUGUGAUAGAAGAUACGUACAUUUACUGGAGUGACAAAUUACAGCAUUUGAUGUGAUCUAGAUUCUAAAAUUGACGGUAACAUUGCACCAAAUAGAAAUGUAGAUUUUUAUCAUACAAUGCCUUAGUUCUGAACUGAGCUAAAGGAAUUCUCAGCCUACUGCACUGUUGUCUUUGAUGCUUCCAACCCAAAGGCCUUUCAUCUCAAAACCAGAAAACAAUUGAUCUGUCAAACUUGAAUGUUUUUCUUCAGUGUGUUACACGUGUGGCAGCCAGCUAGCCCUGGGUCUUAGGUAUGUUGUAUAUAGUUCUUUUCAUAUUCAUAGGGUAUAUUUUUGAAUUUUACAAAGCAUUUAUUUGUUGAACUCAAAAACAAGACAGGCAGUCGAGAACAGCUGGGUAUGAAUUCAUGAGAAUGGCUGUUUCCACCAAGAGUUUUUAACGGUGGGGUGACGAGAAUGGUGCCUAUGCCGAUUGAAUGAUGACAAAGACAAUAAAAAUGUAGAUGCUAUGCAUUUCCAAAAUAAUUCUGCACCUGUUAAAAUAGCAGAAGUUUUUUUAAUGCCACUUUAACACUUAAUGCACUGACAAAUCUUAGCUAUUUUGUGAGGAGAGAUGCAUAAAGGACAUGUGACGUUUUUAAGUUUGUAUGAUUGAGCUACUGUUCAGUAUUGUUUUGUUGUUGCACUGUUGAUGCAGAUUCGUGUUUUGCAUGUACAACUCCUUGCUGGAACUACUCUGAAAAGCAAGAUGGAGUGUCUCGGUGCGCUCUGCUCUUUCCCCACUGUUCAGAAGAAAGUGGCUUCUGCCUUAUAUUUUUACACUGUGUUGGAGUUCUGAUGCUGUUUCUUCUGACCCCGAUGAUCCCUGCAGUGUUCCUGUUGCCUUUGCAGUUUGGAUGUUCAGCUGUCCAGACUCGGAGAGCGCAGUGUGCAGUGUUCACUCAGCUCUGUUGCUCUGUAAGAUUAACUGUUGUGUAUAUUUUUAUAUCUCUGUACAUAGCAGUGUAGGUGAUGGUACCUUCCGUUCGUGUCCCAAGUAGUAUGGCCUUGAUUAGGCAACUUGAGCGAUAGCGAUGUGGUAAUUCUUUUAAGAUGCAUGCUAUGUAUAAAACCCUACUUAAAAUAAAUGUUUGUCUUUUCACUUUCUUUCUAAA